AUCGAAAUGUCAUUUAUUAGUAAAACAUAAAUAUCGUUAUCAAUCGUAAUUCCCUCGGAGAAUUCUACACCUCCCGUUCAUCUAUCACGAUGUGACAUAUAUAUCCCCCGAAUAUCCCCUUUCAUCCGCAGAAUCAUGAGGCUACAAUCGUCUUUUUGAGUCUACGAUCCAAUACACCGUUGAGACCAGACCGCACAAACAAGCCAAGCUCAUCAACUUUUCUCGAAACUCCAAACUUCAUCGUCUUCCUCUGCUUCUCUCUUCUUGAACUCAAAAAGUUCCCCAAGCAAUGCCUCUCUCUCUCCGUCUCGCACCAUCUCCUACCGCUUUAGCUUCAACCAACGGUGGACUUGGUGGUCCCCUGAAGAAGAAGCAGUGCCGCAUCCCUUACUCCGGCGUCGCCACCACGAGGAUUGGUCUCUGCUCAUUGGAUUAUGGGAAAAGGGUAGAUUCCUAUGUGGUGAGGUGUAGCUUAGAGACAGUGAAUGUAAGUGUUGGUCAAGUGACGGAAGUGGAUAAGGACACCUUCUGGCCCACCGUUAAAGCCGCCGGUGAUAAGAUUGUGGUGCUUGACAUGUACACUCAAUGGUGUGGUCCAUGUAAAGUGAUUGCACCUAAGUACAAAGAUUUAUCAGAGAAGUACGAGGACGUUGUGUUUCUAAAGCUUGACUGCAACCCUGAAAACAGGCCAUUAGUAAAGGAGCUAGGGUUAAGAGUGGUUCCAACUUUCAAAAUCUUUAAGGAUAAUAAAGUCGUCAAGGAAGUUACCGGUGCCAAAUAUGAUAAUCUGGUCGAAGCCAUUGAAACAGCCAGGUCUGCUGCUGGUUCUUCAGGAUGAACCAAAUCCUCAUGCGCUGGAAACUCGAGAAGUGACUUUGUGGAGCUGUGGUGCAUAUAUGUGAGACAAAGACAGAUCCUAGAGUGUAUGUUACUAUACUUGACUACUUGUGAUCAGUGUGGGGUGAGUCUCCAUAUAAAAUGUGUACUUGGAGAUUUUAUAGUACACGAAGCUAGGACAUGAAACCGGUCAGGUUGCCUCUGUCUGGCAAGUUUAUGGAUUAUAUUUUAGUAGUAUUACUCUUUAUUUCAGCGUGUCACUAUUAUCACAGCUGUUACAUUUACUUGGACUUCAAUAAUUGUAUGCAUCUUCAAACCUACC